UCAUGUUUUACUUCAUUUACUUUUUAUUUAGUCCCUUUGUUUCACAAUUUCUUGCCUUACGUGAGAUGGAUAGAACGUAACAAGCGUUAAUUAAUUGGAGUGUUGAAAGGGAAGAAAAGUUGAUUAUUGAUAUAAGGAACGCAUUGUAACGAGUACCGGCAACCUCGUAAUCGUAGAAGCAACUAAGAAGAACUAAGAAAAAUUUAUGCCUUCUAAAAAUCUCUUCCCGUAUUUUGUCCUUAUCAGAAAAGGGCGGAAAGGGAAAGAGGACCAUAGUUAGGUCUCCGCAACGCACACUCCUCAGACGAAACGCGGAAUUAUUUGUAUUUAAAGCCUUAUUUCCCUGUUGUCGUGGUAUUGCAGGGGGCGAGGCACACUGUUAUACUGUUUCUUAGUUCUAUUGGUGUAGUCGUGUGUUUUGGUUAUUGCAAAAUUCAUAAAGAAAUUUUCGAUUAACAACGUUUGUGUCGUAAAUAUUAGUUAUUGAUUGAAGAAUUAGAAUCAACGCUUACGUCGCUGAUCGGAUCAAACUUAAAAAGACCCACUUUGACUAAUGAGGAGUCAUUAAAUUCACAGCACUCUUUUCGCGUUAUCUAACUCAAUAAGGUUUAUGAGUGUUAUGGAACAUAUAUGUUUUUGAUUUAACACCUAUACUUGUUGAAAUAUUUCGCAACAUUCAAGUGUUUAUAACUCUUAGUUUAUCAUCGUACAAAGACAUUUCAAGAGUUUAUCUCGUUUUGAUAAACUUGUUUGUUCCUCCCGAUACAGUUGAUUGUAUGUCGAGUGAUGCUAAACUGAAUUAGACCAGUGGUACUCAACGUUUUUAUCGUUUGUAUUCUUUUAGAAUGAAACUCUACUUACUUGUGCUUGGCACCGCUUGCUGCUAUGUGGACAACGAUGAAAAUCUGUUGUUCAAAUUCUAGAACCGUUCGACGUCACUGUGGAACGCGACACAGUUUGAGAAACACUGUAUUAGACGGCUCACGAGGCGGAACCGACGUCACGCCGGAAGCGAUACGUCAUCCAAGAUCACGGAUCGUGGGAAGGUGUACCGUGGAAAUGUGGCCUUCGACUCGCGCGCUGAGAGGCUCGUGAGAAGAUGACCAGCCACAGUAAUCGGACGAGAAAGCAAAAAGAUACUUGAACGAUUAAAAAUGAUCCUGCGGUGGUCGUCCAUAGGUAAAACUGUAUACCUAUUGUUUGUAUUUUGGAUAAACAUUAACGAAAGCAAUGGAAAGAAACAGAAGACACCAAUAUGUCCUGUAGGCUUUCAGUUAGCCUUAACGAAGCAGAAAGAAGAACCAAUAUGUUACAGGAAAAAAGGUCCCGAAGUGUUUGCAGAUAUAUUCGACGAUUGCGUUGGCAAUUUAUUUUCCUCAUCUUUGUAUAAUAGUUUGAAUAUUGCAAAUCCAAAUACAGUUAUAUGGACAGAAUACAAAACCUUAUAUCCCGGUGGUCCUUUCAUAGACUGGUCUUACUCAAGUUCGAUCGGUCGACUCUUAUUAUCAACUUAUGAUGUCAACUAUAAUCAAGAGUUGGGUCUACACGAGGAGUUAUGCUUAGUGAUUGACCCAGUGAGUAACUUUACGGCGACGAAAUGUGAUGAGAAACAUUAUAGGUACUGUUUUUUGAAGCCCUAUCCAGACGAAGAUGAAAUGACUGAUGAAGGUUGCGGUGAUCUUUGGGAAUCAUGGCGGUUCUCAAGUCCACGACCCACUUGCCUUUCGGUCUUGAGUGGUGUAAGUGGAGGUCCAGUCCGGGCGACGUGGCGGCAAGCUCAGGAACUGUGUGAGAAGAACGGUGGAUCGAUUCUGAACAGAGGCUGGAGGAAUGCGAACAAUCCAAUGUUUCAGGCGGCCGGGUACAGUAGGACGUAUCCUUUAGGCAUCAUUAUGAGUUCUGACUUCUCUAUGUUACGGUAUGAUGCCGAAGAUGACCAUUGUGAGAUACCGGAAUCAGAAUGGAAUUUUGAAGAAAACGUGCAUUCAUCAGAUACCCUGCUGGGCUCUUUACACGACAACUUCUGGUACCUUGUCAACAGUUCUUACAUAUUCUACGACGUGAUUUGCGAAAGAGCUAUUCAAAUGAAAAACAUUACGAUGAACGUUACACUCGAUAGGGACAACAAAUUGUUGUUACGAGUUAAUGAUUCAUUGCGAGAAAGCGACGUGUACUGCUUCUCCGAUUCUGUGAUACACUACCCGACUAGGAUCAAAGUGCAUCGCGAGGACGACACCAACGUGUUUGAACUGAAGCCGAUAACUGACGGCUAUUACUGGUGCGUUCACACCGAUACCGAGACCUAUCAUGUAGCAGAGUCCAACAAAGUACUGUUCAUUAGAGAGAAGCAGUCCGUGGGUAAUGUUUACGCGACCAAAAUACGCCUAAAGAAACCAUAUAAUUUCGAAAAUUUGGAGAAAACAUACAGACAAUGGUUGAAGAAGCUAAAGGAAUUUAUAUUCUAUCGUACGAAAUACACACAAAUUUAUGGAGAGGAAUCUCUUUACGCUAACGAUACUCAGAAGGUGUUGAAACAAUUCAAAUCAGUGACACCAGGACUAGAUUGGAAGGAUAAAGAAGUUAUACAUAAUUCUAAAAUAAAGAGGCUAUAUUUAGAUGGAAGAACGGCUUUGCUUCAUAUUGCACUGAACUCUGAGAUGAUGCCAGUGAUGCCGGGCUGGUGGGAAGACAUGGAAGUGGAAUAUAUGAAACCAGCAUAUUAUUGUAAAGGAUUUGAUUCGGUGCAGACUUUAAAAUUAGGUGAAUCAACGACAACGUCUGGUUGCCGAACUUAUCAGUGUGUGGGAGACUUCAACGAAGGUGUGCAGUGGGUGACCACAGCUACCGAGAGUUGUACGACAAAAUUACCUCUGUUGGCACACACGACUAUACGCGUUAACACCAGGUCACAAGAUGACAUGGUCCAUCGUAUCAUGCCGACAGUGGAGCCCCGCGAUACUACACGACAAGAACAUCCUCAUAUGCGCGAACCAGGCAGCGAAAGUUCAGAGGAAUCAACAGAAAAUUCUAGACCGAAACCAACUCCGCCGCGACCAACUACUACGGAACCCUCGACAACAGAGUGUCAGACAGAGACAACAGAAGUUGUGUCAACUGAUACUCUUCCACCAACCACAACUGUAACUACCACGGAAACGACGGAACAAACAACAGUUGUUGUCACAACGGACAUUCCUACUACAAAACCGCCCGAAGAACAGCUGCAGCAAAUUCUCGAAGACCUCGACCGACUGCUGAGUAACGAAACAGGACCUAUUCUGGUGGACAGCAUCGAUCAAGUGUUUGAUCAGGUGGACGUCCUCCUUAAUGUAGAAGACCAGCUCGAUAUCCCUGGGGAACUUCUCCACAUGCUGGACAAGCUUGGCUCCGCUGUAUAUCUGAAUGGUUCGGACAACGCAACCGCAGUGAGAGGAAACAUCGCCCUCGUGAUGGCUGACGCGAAGCCCAGCAACCCCGUCCGAGGGUUGAGGAUUGCCGCUAGCAAUGAAACUAGAUUUAAUAAAAAUUCAUUUGAAGUGCUUUCAGAAGAAUUGAAUUCUUCGACUCUGAACGUGGAGGAGAACGAAGCGGUGGUGCACCUGCCGCAGUCGGUGGCGGAGUCGUCGCGACGAAUCAGUUUCGUCGUGUUCCGUAACGACCGCGCCUUCGCCUCCACACACGACAGACUCUCUGUCAACAGCAGAGUCCUCAGCGUCAAUGUUGAAAAUAUCACUCAGUUUGGACAUGGAGAGGUCGUUGAUAUUCACAUCAACCCACUGACAAGUGACCCAGACAGAAACCUGAGUCGCGCGUGUGCCUACUGGCACUUCUUUGACGACGGCACCGGGUACUGGUCUCAAGAAGGCUGCACCUUUAUCAGAGCCACACAGCCGGGGUCCAUGGAUACCUGCAGAUGCGACCACCUUACGCACUUUGCUGAAAUUCUCGUGCCCAGAUCAGUAUUUUCUCAGCGUGAUGAGGACAUCUUAGAAAUUCUCUCUAUUAUCGGAUGUUGCGUAUCUCUUUUAGGUCUUUUAAUGGUAGGCGUGACGGCAGCCAUGUUCAGGACAUGGAGGAGAGACUACAGUAACAAGAUCUGGCUGCAGCUUUGUAUAGCUGUAUUUUUCCUUGUUGUUUGUUUCUUAAUAGUAGUAUUUGCCAAGUUCAAUGAGUACAACGUCGGUUGCAUGUUGCUAGGGGUUGCUUUACAUUACUCUGUUUUAGCAUCUUUCUGUUGGAUGCUGGUUGCAGCCGUUUUAUCUUAUAGAAGACUGGUUUUGGUGUUUACACGUGAUGCUUCUCACAAGCUGCUGAGGGCGUCAGCAUUUUCCUGGGGCGCUCCCUGUGCUGUCGUGGGUAUUCUUCUCUCGAUCUCCCCCCACUCCUAUGCGGGUCGUUUUGAAGAGAAGUCGCCGAGUGGUGCAUUUUGCUAUCCUUCUGGGCUCGCUCUAUGGCUGGCGGUGUACGCACCUAUAGCUAUCAUGUUGCUAGCUAACUGGACGCUAUUUUGUCUGAUAGUUCGUUCCGUGUUCGCUUCUAGAAGGAUUCAGAGGCACGGGGACUCAAACGAGGCGUUGCGCUGUGCCUCUGUCAGUUGUUUACUCGUGUUCCUUUUCGGUUUGCCCUGGAUAUUCGGUUUGUUUGCAUUUAAUAUAGUUGCUGCAUAUCUUUUUACUUUAACGGUAACAUUCCAGGGCUUUAUACUGUUUUUAUUCUUUGUAUUAGGGAAUAAAAAGACUAGAGACUUAUGGUUAAAUAAGUUAAAGAUUACACAAACACGCAAAGUUCCUGUGACUUCUUCUACUUACUCCAAUCGCAGCACGGGUGCCGGUUGGCGAGGUAAUCCUGCAUUGAUGGACUCGAAAAAUUCUAAACCUAGGUCAUUAGCUUCUCCGGACGAUUCCAGAUUUUCUUGACGAAGGUCUAAGCGUAUAUCUAAAAGAUGCAACAAAAAAUAUGAAUGCUCUGUUCAGUUAUAACUUUAGUGAUUCCUUUACUAUAUUCCGUAGUUGUAGUCAAAUCUAGUCUUGUACUUCAGAGUAUUAAUAAUUGGCAGCUAAUAGCAAGAUACCUAGGUACAUUUGGAACAGAAUUUAGAUUAAGAAGCACGUACUAAUUAUAAAAACAGUUUAUUGAGAGGAAAGAGCAAACAGGAAGUGUUGUGAAGGUACAUGAAGCCCCUCUGUAGUAAUUUUAAGAAUUCCAUCAUCACGGGA